AAAACCAAUUGAUCAAAAAAAGUGAUUUAGAUAAUCCCAUAAAAGCAGUAUUAGGAUUAAACCCAAACGACACUAUACCAAUUUAUGAUGAAUUAAAUUCUAAACCAGUUGCUACUGUUCUUGCCCCUGAACAACAACACAAAUUAGAUAAUUUUGAUACAGUAGAAAAAAAGCUUUUAGAAUUUGUAAGAAAAACAGCAAAAGAUGAACUAAAUAAUUUCUAUCUUAAAACACUGGGUAUUGAUGAUGAUCCUAUCAAGGACAGUUAUGAUAAUGAUGACAAUUGGAAAAAAAAGUAUGGCGCGGAGUUUAAUUUAGAGGAUGUUAUCGAUAAUAACUUAACUUUAGAAAAUGAAGAAGAUGCCAAAAAGGCCUUUAGAGUGGUGGCUUGUAUUUGUGCUACGGAAAGAGUGAGGGAAUUAAAUGAAACCUACCAAAAUUCUAACCCUAAACCAAAGAAAAUACUAACUGCAAUUAAGAGUGCCAACAAUG